AUGCCAUCAUCCUCACUCCACCGGACCGCGCCUACUAAUCAGGCAGCACAUCACAACCCCAUGGCUAUGGUGAUGGGUGGCGAGAAGACCGAAACUGAGAUCAAGCUGGAAAGAGAUGGAAAUAUCAACGCCCUCCAGCGAUAUCGAUACCUGACUUGGCGCAAGAAUGCCGUACAUCCUGAAGUUUCAUACGAACUUCUUGACACAGAAGAAAGCCUCCGAGAGGUCGUUCAAGAAGAGAUCUCUAUCCUUGAAGGAGAAACUACCCCCGAAGUUAAUGCCGAAGAAAGACUCCAGGCCUUGAACAAGAGAUACUGGCUCUUGUCUCAGAGGUGGUGGUACUGUCGUUCCGAUCUAGAAGACCUUCAAUUGAGGGGCUUUAACCUUUGGCGAUCACACCCUCAGUGGUAUAUGCAUCGCAUGCUCAUCGAGGAAUGCGUGGGUCGGCAAGGAUGCUGCGCUCGUGGAUGUGGCUGCUGUCGAAACCAAAAAAUGCUUCCCUCAAGGAGUCUUGGUGUUGGAAAUUGUACGCUCGAAUGUGCAUGUUGUCGGAGAGCGAGAGGCUUUGAGAUCUCUCCCACUGAUAAGAAACUCUUGAAGGAACAAUUCAAGAACACCAUUCCGGAGGGAAGCUACCGUAUAACCAGAUAUCGGCAAGUUUCGAUCUGGGGCCUUGUCGGUGAUAGCCGGGAGGACCCCUUUAGUAUGAUUGAUGCCCCGCCAAGCUAUGAUGAGAUUGAGAGGAAAGGAAAGAAGGGACUGCUUGACUGGGUUCAGACCAAGUUUUGA